AUGGUGCACUUGUUUCUUCCUCCCGUCCUGCUGGCCUUCUCCCUAGCCGCUGCUACACUCAUGCUGAACGUCGGCGUUGUGGAAGCGUGUUCGUGGCAGUGGCCCAGGUGGCGCCACGUCUUCCGCGGCCGCUUCGGCCGCCGCCACCACAUCUCGUCGAUCGUGACGGAGGAGAUGUUCUCGAGCAUGUUCCUGCACAAGGACAACACCGCCUACCCAGCCAAGGGGUUCUACAACUACUCCUCCUUCGUCAGCACAGUGGAGUGGUUCCCGGAGUUCGGCAGCGGCGCCCACCACGUCGACGCGGACACGCGCAAGCGCGAGGUCGCCGCCUUCCUGGCGCAGAUCUCCCAUGAGACCACCGGCGGGUUGCCCACGGCGCCCGACGGGCCCUACUCGUGGGGCCUCUGCAUCAAGGAAGAGAUCAAUGCAUCCAUCACCUACUGCGACGCCGACAACAAGGAGUGGCCCUGCGUCCCCGACAAAUCCUACUAUGGCCGCGGACCCAUGCAACUCUCCUGGUGA